UAAAGGGAAAAAUGGGACGGAUGGAGUAACAUGCGGAACAUCUACCUUAUGAAUCUGCAAAAGGGUUGCCUCCAUAAUCAGUUAAUCAUUUGACAAAUGUAGAAUGUCAAUCUCCACCGCCAUUUUUCACAUGGUGGACUAAAAAUCCGGGGGACAAAAAAAUAAUCUCUGCUCAAGCAGCAGAUAUAAACACUUGCAUUGCAAAGAUUGUACAGCAAUAGUACACCUGCUAAGUUUAUAAAGUCAAUGGGACUAAACAGAAUAUACAAAAUCAUGGGUCACAGACUGAAUUUUGUGAAUCUAUCCAAAAUCCUGUCUGUUUGGUUAUUAGUGUUGAUUUGUUUUACAAGUUGCAGUUGGGGAAGAGACAACCCGAAAUCGCCAAGGACCUAUUUGAACAAUAGCUCACACUGUAAGAGUUUGAGCCAAGGUUCCUUGAUUCUUGGAGACGAGAGCAUCGCGCUGAAUCCUGAUUUCGACAAUGGACUCAGUAAUUGGGCUGGAAAAGGAUGUCAAAUUAUCCUACAUGACUCAUUGUCUGAUGGCAAAAUUGUUCCACAGUCUGGAAAAUACUUUAUAUCCACGACAGGGCGUGCUGAUUCAGGCAGUGGGAUUCAGCAGGAGCUGACAGGGAGAGCAAAGAGGAAGCUGGCUUAUGAGCUUACUGCUGUGGUUAGGAUAUAUGGUGGAAAUGUACCUGAGGCAAACAUUCAAGCCACUUUGUGGAUUCAGACAGCAGAUUUUAGGCAGCAGUUUAUAUUCAUUGCAAGUGUGAAUGCCACGGACUCUGAUUGGGUACAGAUGCAAGGAAAGUUUCUUAUCAAUGGUUUUCCAUCUAAAGUACUAAUCUUUUUAGAAGGUCCACCGCCAGGCACUGAUAUCCUUCUUAACAGCUUAGUAGUCAAACAUGCUGCUAAAAUGCCUCCAUCACCUCCUCCAAAGUUUGAGGUUGGAGAUUUUUGGGUUAAUGUAGUAACCAACAGCAACCAGAAUGAUGGAACUACAAGUGAUUGGUUUUGUCUUGGCAGCUGCACCCUCAGUGUUGGAACUGGUUCACCAAACCAACUUCCUAGCUUGGCAGCAGAGUCCCUCGGACUUCAUCAUCAGCCUGUAAGCGGUGGCUAUAUUCUUGCGACUAAUCGUGCAGCGCCAUGGAUGGGUCCGGCUCAGACGGUCACAGGAAAAAUCAAACUCUAUAUGACGUAUCAAGUGUCUGCAUGGGUUCGAAUUGGUCCUGGAGCAAUUAGGCCGCAACUUGUCAAUGUUGCUGUAAGCAUAGAUGGUCAAUGGGUUAAUGGAGGAAGCAUUGAGAUCGGUGAUGAUAAAACAUGGCAUGAAGUUGCAGGAUCUUUUAGAAUUGAAAAACAACCGACUAAUGUGAUGGUUUAUGUUCAGGGUCCUGAUGCAGGAAUUGACUUGAUGCUUGCUGGAAUGCAAAUCUUUGCAGUUGACAGGAGUGCAAGGUUUCAGUCCUUAAAAAAACAAACAAAUAUGGUGAGAAAGCGCGAUGUGAUCUUGCGAUUAACUGGAACAGAUUCAAGCAAUGGCACCAAAAUUAGAGUAAAACAGACUCGAAACAGUUUCCCAAUCGGAUCAUGUCUGAGCAGAAACAACAUUGACAAUGAAGACUUUGUUAACUUUUUUGUCAGGCAUUUUACUUGGUCUGUCUUUGAGAAUGAGCUGAAAUGGUUUUAUACCGAACCACAGCAAGGGAACCUCAAUUACAAAGACGCCGAUGAUCUGUUGAACUUCUGUACCAGCCACAAUAUUAAAGUACGAGGGCAUUCCAUCUUCUGGGAGGAUCCGAAUGCAGUUCAACCAUGGGUGCGCGCUUUAAACGGCAAUGACUUAAUUUCAGCUGUUCAAAAUCGCGUAACAGGGCUGGUCACGCGGUACAAAGGAAAAUUCAAGCAUUAUGAUGUGGACAAUGAGAUAUUGCAUAGUUCGUUUUACAAAGAUCGAUUAGGAAACUCAAUCCGAGCAUACAUGUUCAACACAACACGUCAACUAGAUCCACUUCCAACCCUAUUCCUGAAUGAUUUCCAUAUCGAAGAUGGCAAUGAUUUUAGGUCAUCUCCUGAAAAGUACACACAGCUGAUUCUUGAUCUGAAGCAGCAGGGUGCCCCUGUUGGUGGGAUUGGCAUUCAAGGACAUAUAGAUUCUCCAGUAGGGCCAAUUGUGCGUUCUGCACUUGAUAAACUCGGCAUUUUAAGGCUCCCGAUUUGGUUUACAGAACUCGACGUGUCUUCUACCAACGAGUACACUAGAGCUGAUGACUUGGAAGUUAUGCUAAGGGAAGCUUUUGCUCAUCCAGCGGUAGAUGGCAUUGUUUUGUGGGGAUUCUGGGAGUUGUUAAUGAACAGACAAAAUGCAUUUCUGGUGAAUGCUGAAGGUGAUUUGACUGAAGCUGGACGAAGAUUUCUCGCACUCAAACAGGAAUGGUUAUCCCAUGCUCAUGGCUUCAUUGAUAAUGAAGGGCAAUUCUCCUUUAGAGGAUAUCAUGGAUCAUACAAGUUGGAAAUUUUUGGUCCUAAUGGAAAUAUUACUAGAAGUUUUAAUGUUGGAAGGGGCAAAGGUCCACUUCUGAUACCCAUACAUGUUUAGUUUCAAGUGUUAUUGGCUUAGUUAAUUCACUGCACUAGCUAGCUUUCAUCUUCUCCGUAUCGUUCCAAUUCUAUCGGAUGUCCCGAAGGGACCAGAAGCUAGCUUUUAUAAUUUCAUCUCGUGAGAGUGUACAAAAUGAAAAAUGUUAUCAUCUUUACCAUAGUCAUGAAUGAUCCUUCCAAUUUGAUGGGCA